GCCUAAGACAUGUGGCUAUUGUGUAAAACUAUUCCAGGUUUAUUGUAACCUGUUAGCUGCGGGCUAUAAAGCUUAGAUGUGUACUGUCCAAUUGCAUACAUUAGGUUAGUAUAUUGCUUCUCUGCUACAAUUUCAUUUAAUUUUGUUUUUACUUUGCCUCGUACAGCAAAGUUGUGUCAUCCACCCAGGCUCCACAGCGUGAAUUCGUGAGCUCCCACGUAGAACUGGUUAUAGAGGAAGGGCGUGUUUGGUCCCAGUCCGUCCCUCUCGGGUUCUUCAUUGGUUUCUCACCGACCAGUCAACUCUUGGUUGUAUUUCAAUCUUCCGCAGCGAGCACACUUCUGGCUGAGCGCUGCUCAUAGCGGUUGGCUGCUCCGUGGCGGUGCUCAUCACUUGUUAUCCGGACAGUACAGUGCACGAUACUAGACAUAACCGCACGAACGGGCAGACUUGGGGGGGGUCAACUGGUAGUUGCCGUCUUCUAUUGAAACUGAAGCAUUGGUCACGCUUUCAAGAUGGCAGACAGCGAACGAGUUUCCUCAACAACUCAAAACGAAGUCGAAGAUGAGCCGAAAGCCCAGCAGGAGUUUGGACUGGGUGGUUUAAAUAUCAGCGUGGAUGCCACGGAUGAGUAUGCAGGUUUGGUUGGUGGUGCCCAGUAUGUGACUGGCUUGCAGGAGAGUCCACGGCCGGAGCCCCACGGUUCGCAUCAAGAGGGUGCGGAGCAACUCCGUCCUCCCGUACCAUCAGCGCUUGAACACGAGGCGCUGGUGACCAGCACGGUGGCGGAGGAGGCGGUUGCUCCGAUUACAAACACAGCCGAGACUGAGUUGCGGGAGAAAAUUGCUUACUUGAAUUCUGUGGCGUUUGAAGUGGCACACGAACCCGACAGCACCCGGACAGGAGCGGUUUAUGAGGUUACCGUGAAGACCGCCGCGGUGCCUGGUCCAGAAGCGCUACACGCACUGGUUACCGCAGCGGCUGCCACGGUGGUCGCGGAGCCGUUGGGAACAUCUUCUGUAAAGCCCGGGGAUGCAGCUGGCGAGUCGUUUGUAUACCAGCAAAACGUGAUACAAGAAGAGGAGAUUUCCACUACGCAGACUGUCAGGCCGACUGCGGCGCCCGUUGUUGAACCAGAGGCGAUCUUCCAGUCUGCUCGAGUGACUGCAGCGCCCGCUGCGGAGCCCGUUAGUACGGGCGGACCGGUGGGCACUGUCACAUCGCCCCCCGGACAGCCCACACUCGAGGAGCCCACGUCUGCAGCUCCUGCACCAUCGCAUGAACCCAGUCUUCCUCCCAGUGUUGCUGUUGCUGCCGCUCCACCUCUGAUGCAAUUUUCUUCAGAGAUCUGGAAUUCUUCACCUAUAGCUUCACAGGCCAGCACCAAGAUAACCAUGGAUUCGUUCAACGAUGAUUCACCUUCUAGGAACACACCUAGAUACGACCUGGAUGUACUAAACCAAUCUGAUGAUGACUUAAUGUUGGAAAUGAAAAAGAAUCCUUUUCAAGGCUUUUCACCUGUUGACAGUGCCGUUAGUGAGUUCUCUCAUUUUGGAGAAACUACAGAAGACACCAGAGCAGCAGCAAAGAUGUCUGAUAGUCCCUCUCCAGACCUAGUCCAGAAUGCUCAUGAAGGAGAGUUUCAGGGUGAAGCACCUUUGCAGGACUUUGAGCAGUCAUAUGUUUCCAGGGAAGCUGUCACUGAGUCACUGAGACAACAGCUUGCUUCAUCUGACCUUUUUUCAACUGCAUCUAAAGGUCAUGGGGAGUCUGGUUUACCACCCUCUCUCCCAGACAUUUUGAAGUCUUCUCCACAUAACCAUGACAAACUGGACUCAGGAUCAUCUGAGGGAAGUCCUGAUUUCAGUCCAGUCCACCGAAGUGGGAAUGAUUCACCCAAUGCCCCUUUCUCCAUGUCUGCGAACAAUCCAUUUGCUUUUGACACGAAGAUUCCUUUGCUCAAGGAGAUGACUGAGGAGACUGAGGCGAGGGCUGCAGAAAAAGCGAAACUGGAGGAAGAAAAGGCUUCAGAGCAGAUGUUUGGUGCCUUUGACCUUGUUAAAGUGGCUGAGAUCUCUCCAAAGGGAAUUGAAACUAUAGCCGAAGAACAAGACGAUUUUAAAACCUCGAGUCAAGAUUCUGUUCCAAUGGUUGACAAAUUUGAGUGUCUCAGCUUUCCAACUGGAAAGGCCCAGGACCACUCAGAUUCUGAGAGCCCUUCUGCGGAUUCACUCUCUCCGGUGCUGGAGGCCAUGGCAAAAAACCCGACAAGUUUCCAGAUUGAACCAGAGAAGAGCAUCGCCAAGGAGGAGGCUGAGGCCGCCGACGAGGUGUCUGAGCAAGAGGUAUCAUCCGAAGAAUUCGAGUUUCUUGAGAAGCCACCUAGAGGUGCUAUUGAUGAGUUUUUGGAGACACUUGACAACACCAAAUUCGCCAAGGCAUCAGAAAUCGCAGACGUCGAGGACACAGUGCCAAAACCCGAGGAGAGGUUUGCAGACGCAGGAUCUCUGGCACAAGAAAUAAAAAAUCAAAGUUCAUACCUUCUGCUCACCGAACCCUUAGAUGGGUCCUCUCCAGGGAGAGGUAAGGCAGGCCUGGAAUUGUCUGAUUUCCAAGUGACCUCCCAGAUUCCUGUGGCACCCUCCACCGUGGUCAAAACUGAGGCACCGACUGCAAAGAAAGUGGAGCCUAAAGAUACUGAGCUGCCUAGCCUGAGCUCAGGAGCAGUGGUGGAUCUCCUGUACUGGCGUGAUGUGAAGAACACGGGCGUGGUGUUUGGAGCCCUGCUGCUGCUCCUGCUCUCUCUGAGCGCAUGCAGCAUCAUCAGUGUUCUCUCCUACGUGGCCUUGGCCCUCCUCUCUGUCUCCAUCACCUUCAGGAUAUAUAAGGGUGUGCUGCAGGCCAUCCAGAAAUCUGACGAGGGGCACCCAUUCAAGCUGUACCUGGACCAGGAGAUUGCAUUGUCCCAAGAGCUGGUCCAUAAAUACAGUGAUGUGGCCCUUGGGCGAGUCAACGCAGUCCUUAUCGAGUUGCGCCGCCUUUUCUUGGUCGAAGACCUGGUUGAUUCUCUGAAGUUUGCUGUGGUCAUGUGGAUCCUCACAUAUGUUGGUGCCUUGUUUAAUGGACUCACUCUUCUCAUUCUGGGUCUGGUUUGUGUUUUCACCAUACCAAUAAUCUAUGAAAAACAUCAGACACAAAUUGACCAUUACGUUGCCCUGGUAAACAACCAGAUCAAGGACAUCGUUGGAAAAAUCCAGGCUAAAAUUCCCGGUGCCAAGAAAAAGUCUGAGUGAAGAGUGAUUUGUGCUGGAGAUGAGUCUGACGUUUAGGCCGCAGAAGCGGCUCUGAGGGUCGGGGUGGGGUACCCUCCUCUACACUGUUCUUUUCAUACAUCUUUCCCCACUACAGAAUCCCUCACACUCUGUGAAAAGCUUGGCCAUCUGUCCUCUUUCUCCUUGGCUUUCCUCCUUUUUUCUCCAAAAGGUCGCUGCACAUAAGUUUGAGCCACUGCGUAUUUAUCAAGGCUGGUGUAAACGAGCAGAUUAAAAAAAUCUUUACUCCGAUGUUUGAGUUUCACACCUCCAAGAAUGAGAUUGUAUUCCGUUAAUUGUAUUUCAGAAAUAAUUUAAAUAGGUUUAUCUUUUUUUAAUAAGUUUAAUGGUACCUUUUGUCGGGGGAUGGGGGGGAGAAACUCAGUAUCUGUCCUUUUUUGGUAUGAUUUAGUGUUACUGUGAUUGUACCGUUUUAUUGAUUAACUGUGUAGACUUUCACAAAGCUUCUUGCUUUUUGAAGUGGCUCUUGUGUUGUACUAGCAAAAAGUUGCUCCAUGGCACUUCAUGCUUCUGAGUAUUUCUAAGCAGAAUCUGGCAAGAUAAGAGCAUACAUCAAAACAUAAUUUCACCUCAUUGCAGCAAUAUAGUAAAAUCUCUGGAAGAACACGUUUACAGACAUUAACUUAAAAAAAUAGAAAAGUCAUUUAUCUGUGGACCCAAUACCUGAAGCUGCAAAACUAUGUAACAUGGAAACUUAAAAGCAUUGUUUGUUAUGCAAGUAAUUGUGAAUGAUCCUUCAUACAAUUGUGGUGAACUCCGUGGAAUGCAUUGUGAAAUGUAAACAAACACCAAUAAAGCUUCUAGAGGAAUGAA